AUGAUUGCCCUACUGUGCCUAGUCUCUUUCUUUGUGGUCGGCGCCAUCUCAGGCGUUGCCAGCCAGAGGCACAACCUAGACCGCAGCGAGGCCUAUAAUGCACCCAACGCGACCUCGACCGACAUGGCCCUCAGCAUCAUCGCCCGCCAGCAGGGCAUCAUGACCAACAACACAACGCCAGGCUCGGCCCUCCAGGCGGGCAUCGUCCAGAAGGCCUUUGCCGCCUACAAUGCCUACUACGGCCGGCACGCCCAGAUACAAGAGUACAUCGACCACAGCACCAUCUCCGCGGCCAGGUACAUGGCCAGCACCAUCGACGACGUCAAGGACUGGCCCCUCGACCGCCUCUCCAACGGAAACGCCAUGCUCAGCGGCAACGACCCGGCCUACGGCGCCGCGCUCGACGCCCUGCGCGACAGCGUCCGCCUCAACCAGCGCAACAGCGAGAACGGCCUGUGGUACUGGGAGAGCUACCCCGAGUGGAGCUACCUGGACGGCAUGUACUCCCUGGGGCCCUUCGCCGCCCUCGACAGCCGCCUCGGCGCGCAGGUGAGGGUCAACGACGCGGUCACGCCCCCCACCACCACCAGGAUCGACACCCGCGACACUGCCGCCAUCGAGGACAUGCACCUGCAGUUCCGCCUGCUGUGGGACCACUGCUACAACAGCACGACGGGCCUGCUCGUGCACGGCUACGACGCGAGCCGCAAGGCCAGCUGGGCGAGCCGCACCAACGGCGCGUCCGCCGUCGUCUGGGGCCGCAGCCUCGGCUGGUUCAUGAUGGCGCUCGUCGACACGCUCGAGCUGCUUUACGGCGCCGCGACGCCCGCGGUGCCCGGCAGCGAGCCCUUGCUCAGUAUGUACCAGCGCCUGGCGGUGGCCGUCAUGGGGUACGCCGACAAGAAUUCCGGAGGCUGGUACCAGGUCGUUGACAUGGCCGGGCGAGAGGGAAACUACGUCGAGUCGAGCGCCACCGCCAUGUUCAGCUAUGCCCUCCUCAAGGGCGCCCGCCUCAGAUACCUGGAAACUUCUGACAUCACCGCCGCGCGGGAGGCCGGUCGCGCCGCGCAUUUGCUGCUCGCCCGCGACUUCGUCACCGCGGAGCCGGACGGGACCCUGGGCUUCAACGGCACCGUCGCCGUGUGCAGUCUGAACUCGAGUGCGACGUACGACUACUACGUACAGCAGCCCAUGGCCCCCAACAGCGUCCUCGGCACCGCCGCUUUCGUCCUGGCUUCGCUCGAGGUCGAGCGCCUUGACGACAACCCCAUCACCCCACAAUAA